GCGAGUCUGUUCAGAUCGCGGCCUCUUCGGAUCGCCAUCCCGUGCCUUUGUACAUCCCUGCAAGCGCGGGGGUCCAAUGCGACAACCCGGUUUGUUCCCACUUUUCACACCCUUCCGGCACUUCCUGCAGAAGCGGGAGAUCGGUGCACCACCCCACAUGUCACCCGGCACGCCGGCAGUUACACCGGGACCCCACGUCUCUUCGAGCUUCUGGAUCUUCAUGGAAGGGACCGUUAGGCCACCUCAUUGUUCAUGCCCAAGCCCAUCUACGUACAAAGCCCAUUGCAAGCCGCUUCGUCUUCAAGCCCGCUCGGCCCCGCCCGCCACGCCCAGCGCUCACCAUACAGCAUUUAUCACCGUGCUUCGUCUUCCUCAGGGCGCAGUGUCGUUCCCAGCCGCAGCUCGGACGCCAACCCAGCUCAGGCGCCCGGCCGCAUAUUCCCACACAUCGCACAGAACAAUGACCCUCCGCUGCGAUUGGACCAGGUCCUCAUCAGUUCGGCCGUCCCUCGGCUGUAUCAGACAAUCGAGAUCCUGAUGGAGGAGUGCGACUUUACGCUGCCUAAAUCCUGCAAGUUUAUGGAGGACUGUCUUAUGACCAAAGAUCUGGAUCCGGCCACGGUUAAUUGGCGUAAGUCCAUGUCACAUAUCUUUGGUCGCAACAAGAAUUGCACGCGCAGCAUCCCAGAACAUGUGUGGAUGUGGGUAUGCAGAAAGCACUACCAGCGUGCUAGGUACCGAAACACCCAUGAGUUUAACAAAAAGCUCAUUCGCAUGGUGGAGCUCCAAAUCCUGCGUCUCGAAGCGUGGAGCAAUUACAACAAGGACCGGGGGCUCCAUCAGGAAGGCGUCGUCGUGGACUGGACCCUCGAGGUCCGGCGCCGUGAAAAGAUCCGGCUCCAAGAGAACAGGAAGCGCAAAUCCAGGUCAGAUGAGGACGACGAUGAGGAGGAUGACGGAAACGAGAGUGAGGACCUCAGCCCUCUCGCCACUGAUGGUAUUUUGGUGCCCCAAUGGCUGCUCAACGAGACCGGCUCGGGCAAGUCGACCGCCGAAAUCCAGGAGAUUGUGGCUCGUAUCUGCCGCGAGCUGGACAGCAUGACUCUCCUGGCUUUCCCAGACAUUGAAAUUUUGCCCAACAUCGUUGGGGAGAGGGUCAAGCCCAAAAACAACCGGGCCAGGCCGGCGCCCGUUCCCAUGCGGCGGAAGCAGCCACAGCCUGCCCCUCGUACUCCCUCCCGCGACAAGCGCCAGCGCCGCGGUGAGAAUGAUUACGACGAUGAGCCGGACCAUCGCGCUGCUCACCUCCCUUUCCGACCUCAUCCUCAGGGUCCCGGCAACGCCCACUUUGAGAACAACCGCUAUGCCUACGGCAACCAGCCGGUGGCCAUGCCUGGUGCUUGGCCUCCUCGCUUCCCCGAUGCUCCUCCGCGCGGCGGCUCCCAUCAACGCGCUUUCUCCAUGGACAGCAACGCCUACAAUCAGCCUGCCAUGGGCUUCCAGGCUAACUAUCCCGAGGCUGCUAAUGGCUACUCGGGUUACGUCCAGGCCCAAGCCACCCUCCACGGCCGCGACUGCAUGCGUGACCCCGCCUACGUCGCCUCCAACCUGGGCCAGAAUAUGUUCUGGGAUGCCGAUUACCGCAGGUAUCACCAGUCUCAGCAGCAGGCUGCCUAUCCCCAGAACGACUACAUGCGUCCGCCUGUUGCCGGUGGCCCCCAGGGCGGCCCGCCUCCUGCUGGUGCAACUAAGCAUUCGCGCCACUUGAGCACGCCGCCGCGCCCCCGGCCGACUAUGGUUGGUCAUGGCAACGACGGCUUCAGUACUCAGGACGCUCGCUACGAGCCCGCCGGCAACCCCUAUGUCGCAGCCCAGGCUGCCGCCCCCACGGCCAACAUGUACGGCCAGCCCGGCCCCAGGCCCUCGCCCUACAACGGUCUCCCGGCGCCGAACCCGACUUUCACCAGCGACAGCAUGCCGCGUGCUGCUGAGUACUAUCCGUCGGCUUCUACACGUCUUCCUCCGCACGGCGGCGCCCCGCCAGCUGACCCGUACGAGGCGUACCCCCCGGCUCGUCGUUGAGAUCUGCUCACUCUGAGAGACGGACCCGUCCUCACCUGAUGGAGGGGUCCUCACCUGAUGGAGGGGCUGAGAAACUCACUGGAGACGGUGAUCCC